AUGAAGUGGCCAUUGUGUAGAAUACAGCCAGGCAGGUUACAUAGGUCAUUUGUUGCUGCCUGCAGUGCUCGGAUGGUCCAUCUUAAGAAGCCCCCAGACUCUACAGAAGAGAACAGUUCGAUACCUAUAAAGUUCUCUACAAGUAAAGCAGGUCCUCAUAAAUGGACUGUUGACAGAUCAUUUGGUAGUGAUUACCAGCAGCCCUGGUGGAAAGUACUGCCAGUCAGUUUAUUUAUAACAGCUGUUCUGAUAUGGGCAGUUUUUCGGAAAGAAGCAGAGAUUGAUGAGAACAUCUACAAACCAAUUGCAGAGUUACUAGGUGACAUAGAGAAGACUGAAUCACAAGAUCAAAAAGGCAAAUAA